UUAUUUAUCUUUUUUCUUUCUUUCCUUUCUCUUUUCGCUUUUCCUUUUUUUUUCCCACACACAUAAAGUUCUAUUCGAACAUCUUCUCUGUCUAUUGUUUAUACCUCUUUCGAACGACUUCUCCCUCUCCUGAUCCUUUUGUUGGUUUAUCAAACAAGCAGAUCAUUACUCGUUUGAAACAAUGAAAAGAAGGACAAACUUGACGCUGUAAACCAAGUUACAUGUGGUCGUUGUGGUCAACAAGGUUACAAAGAUGCUCGAUCUCCUCUCUGCCCCAUGAAUGCUCGAAACCUAUCUGAUGCCGAGAGUUCGGUAGGCCCACAACGGUACAAGCGACCUCAUACUGAAUCCUCAAAGCAAGCAGCAAAGCACCAAAAGUUGGCUGGAAAAGCUCUCCUGGAUGAACGUCAAGCAAACAAGAAUGUCCCAAAAUGCAAGAAAUGUACUAAUGCUGGUGUGACUGAAACUGAUGACUACAUCCCACACGGUAAUUCCCGAUCAAGACACUGCCAGUUCCAUCAAGCCACUAUGAAUGACGUGAUCAAGACUAUUUUUGGAGAUUCCUGGACCAUGGCGACAAGAAAGAUCACUCCAGACAAAUUCCUCGCUCUUGAAGGUGAGAACAAGCAAAAGGUAUCCGGUACAAUCAUUUCCGUCGUUGAUUACGUCCGUGAAGUCGCCAUCAAGGCAAACAUGUUCAUUUCAUACUAUUUUCUUCGUCAAUUGGAACAUGACUAUGAACAAACUGGCUCUACUUCCGGUGUUCUUGCUGAUGAUGCUCCUGUUGCCUCUCUCUCCUCUGUUCCUGGUCUUUCUUCUGCUACUGAUGAUGCGCCUUCUGCUGAUAUUUUGUCUGUUACUGGUGAUGUUUCUCUUUCUGCUGAUAUUUUGUCUGUUACUGGUGAUGUUUCUCUUUCUGGUGAUGUUUCUCUUGCUGAUGGUACUUCUCUCGAUCCUGAUGACUCUUCAAUGGCCUCUGCUGUCAAUACCCCUUCGCCUGCUGGCAGUUUGGAAUCAUUCAUCCGUACCGCUGGUGGCCUGGACAUGUCUUCUAUUGUUAGUGAAGGCAGCUCUGAAGGACUUGAUCAAACCGACGUCGCUGGUAUCAUUGAUGAUGAUGAUGUUCGCACUCCUGGAGGUAUUAACCGAUCUUUCCGUGGAAUGCACCCUGUCCUCUUCCAUGGUAAUUUCUAUUAUGGCUGUAUACAGAUAGUACUUGGUCAGCAUAUCACAAACAAAACUGGUAGUAUCCCUGAUGAAGAAUGCAUAGUAUCUCUAAACAAGACUGAUAUCUCAUACUCGAAUACUUUGGCACACCUGGCAAGAAAUCCAGCCGUCAUGAUCAAGAAUUGUGUGGUGGAAACACUCGAACAACGAGCUGCUGGUUACCUCGGACACCUUCUUCGGGUAAAAACAAAGUUACUUUCACCUCUUCAAGCCAAGCGAGCUUCUCUCUACUUGUAUGAUGUUUUAUCUGGAGCAACCAAUCCAUAUUGGCCAACAGAAAUCGAGCGAACUGACGAACUCAAUACCGUUUUGGAACAAAUUAAAGCUGCUACUCCUUUAGGUCCAACUGCCAUCACCCCAAAGGUACUAGUGACAAAUGUUGAAGUCUACAUGACAGUUCUUUACAAGAUCUUGGUACAGCUGGAACAGUACAACGCCGGAGAAAUGCAACGAGUAGAUGAAGUACAAACCCAAGCAACUCUCCCUUGGGCUCUUUCAAUGGUCAAGAUGCUCGAUGAUUAUCGUUCCUUAAAUCGCCGCCAACGUACAAAACCGAAGUAUCAGCUUUUUGAAAAGGUUAAUAACGAUACUGAAGACAAUUAUACUUUUUCCUCUCCUGUCUGCCAAGCUUCCAAGGAUAAACUGGUGAAAUUGGUGUUGGAAACAAGACAACAAAUCAAGAACUCGAUCAACUUUUUGCAAGGCCAUACUGAAAUAGCAAGAACUGACUGAUUUUUACCUGAACGAUCUGUUGUGGCCAAGCAAACUCGUCUGUUCAAGCUCUUACCUUCACUGUCAGUCAAGCGACAACAUCAUCAACAACGUCAACAUCAUCAACA